AUGGCGACAAUAAAUAUAACGGGAAAUGCAACACAGACGAAAACAUUUAAGAUAUUGAUAUGCUCUCCAGAUUGGGUAGGUGAUUUUAAACUACAGUCCAUUUCAUUCUCAGCAGUCAGCAUUCUCCUUUCCAUCACAGCAACUCUUGGGAAUUCUCUUAUCCUCAUUGCCCUUCACAAGGAAUCUUCCCUCCAUCCGCCAUCCAAACUCUUGUAUCGUUGUCUAGCAACAACUGAUCUGUUGGUUGGUCUUGUUUGCCAGCCUCACUAUGCUAUUUAUCGGAUUUCCUUGGUUCACGAACACUGGAGUCUUUGUCGCUACGCAAACUACGCAGUUAACAUAACAGGCUAUACAUUGUGUGGAGUUUCUCUGGUUACAACGGCCGCCAUAAGUGUGGACCGACUUCUCGCCAUGUUGUUGGGACUGAGAUACAAAGAGAUUGUAACUUUGAGGCGCACGUAUAUCAUUUUAGCUAUCGUUUGGGUUACAUGCCUAGUCACUGGUUUAUUUUUUUUGCUCAAUUACAGUAUAACCUUUUGGUACAGCCUUAUAGGUAUACCAUUUUGCCUGUUAAUCUCAAUCGCCGCCUACACAAAGAUUUUCCGCGCUCUCAGGCAUCAUCAGGCUCAAAUACAAGAUCAUGCUCAACAACAGCCGAGCCAUCCAAAUGCAAUGAACAUGGCACGAUACAGAAAGGCAGUGUACAGUGCACUGUGGGUGCAGUUGGCUUUAGUUGUCUGUUAUAUACCACAAUUUACAGUGCGAAUUGUGAUAUCUAGUACAAAGCAAUCUUCGAAUUUAUUAAUAUUCCUGAGAAUAGCAAAUAUCUUAGCGUACUUUAACUCUACUUUAAACCCGUUACUUUACUGCUGGAAGAUGAGUGGAGUGAGACGAGCAGUAAAGCAGACAAUCAGACAAGCAUUCUGCUAUGCGUAG